CACAGCAAAACUUUCCAUUAACAUCUGUAGAUCUUUUGGUGAUAACGACGUUGUACAGCAUCUCACUGAUAAUGUCUGGAAUGGCGUCUAACCUAGCUAAAAAGCGGGCAUUGGCUGCAGGGUUUGGCACUAAUGCUAAUGCGGUGAAAUAUCUCAAUCAGGAUUUUGAAGCGCUUAGAGCGCAAUGUUUAAGUCGAGGAGGGCUAUUCUCGGAUCCAACUUUCGCAGCCGCACCCGAAUCUUUGGGCUUUAAUGAACUCGGACCAGGCUCGUACAAAACUAGAGCAGUGCAAUGGAAAAGGCCAGGAGAGUUGUGCUCAAGUCCAGAGUUCAUUGUUGGAGGAGCCACCAGAACAGAUAUCUGUCAAGGAGCUCUAGGUGACUGUUGGCUUUUAGCUGCCAUUGCCUCUUUGACACUCAAUGAAGAUGUCAUGGCUAGAGUGGUCCCCGUUGGACAGAGCUUUGGGGAAAGUUACGCUGGCAUUUUUCAUUUUCAGUUUUGGCAGUUUGGGGAGUGGGUGGAUGUUGUCAUUGAUGACAGGCUGCCAACAAAAGAUGGAGAGCUGCUGUUUGUUCACUCAGCUGAGGGCUCAGAGUUCUGGAGUGCACUGUUGGAGAAGGCCUACGCCAAGGUGAAUGGCUGCUACGAGGCCCUGUCUGGGGGCUCCACCACUGAGGGCUUUGAGGACUUCACUGGUGGCAUUGCAGAGAACUACGACCUGAGGAAACCCCCUCCGAACAUGUUCCAGAUUAUUAAGAAGGCAAUUGAGUCAGGGGCUCUGCUUGGCUGCUCCAUUGACAUAACCAGCGCCGCUGAUUCUGAGGCAGUCACACGACAGAAGCUGGUGAAAGGGCAUGCCUACUCCCUAACAGGGGCUGUUGAGGUGACCUAUCGUGGCCGUAAGGAGAAGCUGAUCAGGAUACGUAACCCUUGGGGUCAAGUGGAGUGGACAGGGGCUUGGAGUGACAGCUCCUCAGAGUGGAACUCCGUUGAUGAUUCAGAGCGCCAGAACGUCAAAGCUGAUGAUGGAGAAUUCUGGAUGUCAUUUACAGAGUUCCUGCGGCAUUACUCUCGCAUAGAGAUUUGCACUCUGACCCCAGAUACACUAACGGAUGACUCUGUGAAGCACUGGAGUGUGUGUAACUAUGAUGGUAGCUGGAGGAAGGGUUCCACUGCUGGGGGGUGCAGGAACCACGCCUACACCUUCUGGAUGAACCCCCAGUUUGUGAUCAGGCUGGAUGAGGAGGAUGAUGACCCUGAUGAUAACGAGGUGGGCUGCAGCUUCGUGGUGGGCCUGAUCCAGAAGAACCGGCGCCGGCUGAGGAAAGUAGGCGAAGACAUGCACACCAUUGGCUUCGCCAUCUAUGAGGUUCCAUCACAGUUUCAUGGUCAGAGGGAGGUUCACCUGGACAAGAAUUAUUUCCUGACACAUGCUCAAAAGGCCCGGUCUGAGACCUUCGUCAACCUUCGGGAGGUUAGCACCCGCUUCAAAAUGCCCCCUGGGGAGUACCUCAUUGUGCCCUCCACCUUCGAGCCGCACCUAAAUGGUGACUUCUGCAUCCGUGUUUUCUCAGAGAAGCAGACUGAGACUCGACCAUGUGACGAUCCUGUCAAGGCAGACUUAGAUGAUGAGACUGUAUCUGAUGCUGAAGUCGACGCAGGAUUUAGAGGCUUGUUUACAAAGCUUGCAGGAGAUGACAUGGAGAUCUCUGCAGCAGAGCUGAAAACCAUCAUGAAUAAGAUUGUCUCCAAACGAACUGACAUCAAAACAGAUGGCUUCAGUCUUGAAACCUGUAGAAUCAUGGUCAACCUCAUGGAUGACAGUGGGAAUGGAAAAUUGGGCCUUGGGGAAUUCGCUACUCUGUGGAAGAAAGUGCAGAAAUACCUGGGUAUCUAUAAGAAGAAUGACAUGGACAAUUCAGGCACCAUGAGUACUCCAGAGAUGCGUAUGGCCCUGAAAGAAGCAGGCUUCACUUUGAACAAUGGCAUUUAUCAGAUCCUCGUGGCUCGCUACGCUGAGCCAGACAUGACCAUCGACUUUGACAACUUUGUGGCCUGCCUUAUGCGUCUGGAUAUGAUGUUCAGAGUCUUUAUGAAGAUUGAUGCUCAUGACAGUGGCUCCAUUGAGCUCGACUUCCAUCAGUGGCUAACAUUUACGAUGAUCUAGAAGACCCCUGUUCAUUCCGAAGAAAAAUGUGCAAGUUAAAAAAACAAGUAUUAAAUUCAUUAUUUAAUGGAAUUUUUUAGAUUUUUAUGUCACAUUUAAGUAUGUAUUUUAUUCACUGCUGCAUGGUAUUGUGUAUUCGGUUAGACAUUACUAGCUGUGGUAUGGUAUUACUGUGGUAGAUUUCAUGUGAAUGUCAUUCUGUAAGAGGAACAAGGAAAUAUUUGUUCGCAAACCACUGUAAUCUGUUUACUUUUUGUAUUAGAAAAUAUGCCUUGUAGAAAUUGUGAAAUUGCUUUUUAUUUUGGCCUGUUUUAUGGAAUGUCCACAUGGAAUUCCAUGCAAUGCUCAAAUAAAGAUUUCUUAUAUUCUAAUAAUGUUAACAGUCGGAAAUGAAUCCAUCCGCUAUAUGUAGGCUUUUAGGUUAUAAACCAACGGUCUACGACUGUCUAUAGGCCUAUACGGCCUAUGAUGCCCAGUUGCGCACCAACUAUACACGGAUCUUUGCCCUUCAAUAAUACGCUAAAUACGAUUGGGUGGAUAAGAUUGGCUUGGUUGAUUCAUUUAUGCUGAGCCGCGGGGCACCGCACAUAGGCACCACACGUCAUCGGGCGAAAAGGAGGCGCUCCUUUCUCAAACCAAACAGUAAUCUGCCUCGCUCGGUCAUUUUGGCAUCAAGGCAGCAUGGUGCAUCGUCCAGAAACACAUCUCUUUUCCAUCAAAUAAAUGUUUGAAUUUUCUAUCUAGUUUUCAUUAGGAAAGCAGAUAACGCGUUUUUAUCUAACGCAAUCCCUUUUGCAUGGGAAAACACAGAAUCUUAGCUUCAUUGCGUCACUUUUGUUUUGAACUGCAUCACAUCCGGCGGUGAUCGGGAGUCCCAUAGGGCGGCGCACAAUUGGCCCAGCGUUGUCCGGGUUUGGCCGUCAUUGUAAAUUAGAAUGUGUUCUUAACUGACUUUCCGAGUUAAAUAAAGGUUAAAUAAAAAAUGAACCGACUUCGCCGUGGGCUUUGAACGGGACUCCUGGCUCACGCCCGGGAGGCAGUCCUGUUCCAAAUCGAAUGCAAUCAACUUUUAGUCGUCGCAAAACACGCCUGCCCGGGCGGGAUUAAUCGAAUCCCUUCAUUUUGAUGCUGCUAAACCCCUCCCACCGGACUGGGCUGGGCAAGACACUGCAGUAACAACACUGAUUGCAUCUUUGUUCUGGCCUUCACUCAUAUGACAUGAUAGAUAUAUUUACACAUAUCGGUUAACAGAGACACUGAACGUCACCUCGGAAAGUGUCUAAAAAGAUUUCGGGUCAGUGGUAAGUUAUGUCUGAUCUAUGAUUUGGAAUGCAAGAUGCAUGUCUCUAUGUGAUUGUGUUAUUGAAUUGGCACUAUUUACCGAAAUUAAAUACGCUGAAACUCAGCAUAACAGCAUAUAUUGCAUGUUACCAUGCUUCAUUGCAAUGAUAAUCUAUGUGAAGCAUGUCCAGUCAUGGAAAUUAGUUUUGCGGGUUUGGAUGAUGCAAUAUGAUGUGAUGAACUGCUCAGUAUCAGCUGAUUCCUCCAAACAUGGCAGGCGACUUUCUUCUUUGAGAGACGUUAUCCUUGGUCCUUGAUAUGAUUUCUAAAACAAAAUAAAUUCUCUCUGAAAGGCUC